AUCUCACUUGGAUAAUUUAUACACACUUUAAUCAAAGACCUCAAACUUGGCAAACUUAAAUACAAUACAUAGUGUCUUCACCUUUUUGACACGAGCUUCUAACUUUGCACUGUACCACCAAUUCUCACAAGCAUUAACAUUCAUGCAGUUUAACACGAUCAGUUUCACUUGUAAACUUUAUAUAAAGCCAUGUAGAUCCGCGGCACAGUACAAGUCUCACAUAUGGAAAGGUUGCGAGCUCUACCCCGGUUCAUGACGGUUCUGUGAUGAGAUGGGUAGCAUUCUCUGGUAACCCUGGCAGAGCUGUACAGUCUUAACUACUUAGCUUGAGGAUUCUUUUAUCACUUUAUAAACUAUUGAUUUAUUUUUUUCCUAUCAGUGUUGAAGAUUCUACAACAGUGCAGAUUUAGCCAUUCACUGCUAUUUGGUACUUUUUUUUCUAAAUCACUAACCGCUGUGGGACAUUUCUUCUCGUUCUACAGCCACCUCCAAACACUAUUCUGGCUUGAAAUUGCAAGAUCUAUUCCUUUUCAUUCUUUUCUUUCUCGCAGGUGCUUAUAAAGAUUUCGUAUUAGUUUUAGUGUUGUGAAUUGUUGCAUAUCGCAGGGAAAAUGUUAAUGGGCUAGUAGGUGUAAGCAGCCGACCUUUUCCCGCCCAUCCAACUUAUUAUCUCCAUACUCAGACUCUACAGCAAUGCAUUUGUUGUUCUCCCUCUUCUACCAGUACUCUGCUACACACACACACACACACACACACACACACACACACACACACACACACACACAUAAACACACACACGUGAUCACCAAAGACCGGGAGGCUACAGAAUGGUCAGAAAGGUAGCGGAAAUACGGUACGGUGGAAUUCCUACGUUGACUGGGUGGGGGUUUGGUAGAGACGCAACAGCAGUGUCGAGGGUGCAGCCUUCAGAGAAGGAUGGGGCGCGCGUGUGUAGAAUUGGCAUUGCUGGGCCUUUGCUUCGCCGCUGUUGCAGAGGCCUCCAGUAUAUAUUUCCCUGGCCAACUAAACCACGCUGAACAUGAGUCCUGCAGGACACAUUUAAGCACAGACGGCACGUGUGAGCGCACCUGCGGCCCCUCGUUCAACAUCAGAGAGCUUAGCAAGUGUGGCAUCAAAGAUUCCGCCUUCCUCUACUGUUGCGACCCAAACCUUGUCAGAACCACAGACCGCGUCGUGGACAUCUCUCCUCCCUUCACAACGUUUCAGUGUGGAAAAAAUUCAAGGAAUAGUUUUUUCUUUCCUCCAUUUUACGAUCCACCGGCUGGAUUCCUGCGGCCCGAAGCUGACUUGCCUCCCCACGAUGUCUUGACUGCUGCCAUCCCACCUUCCCAUACACCAGGUAUUCCUGAAGAGGCAAUAGCAGAAUACGAAGACUUCACUUCGCCUCCUGGCAUCUACGCAGCUGUUGGGGGAAUCGUAGCUGAGAAGAACGCUUGGCCUUGGAUGGCGCUGGUGGGUAAAAGCACCACCCAAGGUCCUAAUUGGUUCUGCGGCGGAGUGUUGAUCAACGAGCAGUGGGUGCUCUCAGCUUACCACUGUUUCAUCCACCACUUUGCCGAGGUAGUACGUCUAGGCGAGCACGACUAUAACGAUGAAUAUGAAGGAGCCUCUCCGAAGGACUUCGAUGUAUUGGAAACAGUACUCUACCCUGACUACAACACCCUCAGGCUUUACCACGACAUUGCACUCCUCAAACUGGCCUCCAAAGUUACCAUUGAGGAUUACAUCAGGCCUGUGUGUCUGCCCUGGGGAAGAGCGAGCGACAGUGUAGUGACGAACAACAUCGCAACCUUGACGGGCUGGGGCGACACCGAGUACGGUGGAUUCCCCAGCCCCAUCCUACAGGAAGUCAACGUUACGGUAUUCGAUGUUGGCCAGUGUGACAGCAGUUACUCCAGCCUGCCUCACUACUCUGUCACCUGGCCUCAGGGUAUUGGCGAAGAGACCCUGUGUGCCGGAGACCCUAAUGGAGGCCGGGACGCAUGUCAGGGCGACUCGGGCGGGCCUCUGGUGUCUCAGGACGAAAAUGGGUCUUACGUGCUGGCUGGUAUUGUUUCAAGAGGUUAUGGCUGUGGCCACAAGGACUACCCAGGACUGUAUGCCAACAUGCGUCACCCUGCCUACCUCGCCUGGAUUAAAAAGACUGCCUUCACUUCUCCCUGAACGACGCAGCAGGACUCGAGGCGCGGCGUGGAGAUGCACUUAACAACCCAUCACUUGAAACAACUAACUCUGGUUACUUUUAAUAUAAUGCUUUCGUAUACGUACGAGAGAAAAGUUGUUAACUUGUGGCGUUUUUAUUAAAGUGUAUUUUUUAAA